GCCAUAUAAACAUCGUAACCAUCGAACAAAAACCGAUAAAUCGUGAAUCAGAAGAGCAGACUAAUUAGUCAAAAAACGGUACAAAAGAUCGCUUAAUUGCUGAAAUUUCACCUGAGUCAGCUCAUUAAAACCAAAAGUAGUGCACAGCCAGCCAGAGGGCAACCAAAAACCCCAAGAAUUGUCCCAAACACAUCGCCGCAAAGUGGACAACUCCCAGUUUUCCGAGCACUUGCCCCUCAAAAAGGAGCAUCGCGACAAAAAGGCGAGACUUCGUCGCAGCAGAAUGUCCUCGCUGUCCGCGUCAGCGGAGAAUGUGUCCAGUCUGGGAUUAGGAACAGGUGGAGGGGCCAAUUCCCAUGAUGGCAAUUCCCAGCAGGGUUCUGGUUCCGAUGGAGGAUCCAGUAUGUGCCUGGAAUUGGCCCUCGAAGGUGAACGCCUAUGCAAGGCGGGAGAUUGCCGAGCGGGUGUGGCCUUCUUCCAGGCGGCCAUUCAAGCCGGAACCGAGGAUCUCCGCACAUUGUCCGCCAUUUACUCGCAACUGGGCAACGCCUAUUUCUAUUUGGGAGACUACAACAAAGCAAUGCAGUACCACAAGCAUGAUCUUACUUUAGCCAAGAGCAUGAACGACCGCCUGGGCGAAGCCAAAUCUUCUGGGAACCUGGGCAAUACUCUGAAAGUAAUGGGUCGCUUCGACGAGGCGGCCAUCUGUUGUGAAAGGCAUUUAACCCUGGCCAGGCAGCUCGGAGAUCGGCUGUCCGAAGGAAGAGCCCUGUACAAUCUGGGAAAUGUGUACCACGCCAAGGGCAAGCAUUUGGGCCAGAAAAGUCCUGGAAAAUUUGGAGACGACGUCAAGGAGGCUCUCAGCCGUGCCGUGGAGUUUUACCAGGAAAAUCUGAAGCUCAUGAGGGAUUUGGGCGACCGUGGCGCUCAAGGACGAGCUUGUGGCAAUCUGGGAAACACCUAUUACCUUCUGGGCGACUUCCAGGCGGCCAUCGAACAUCACCAGGAGCGACUGCGCAUUGCCAGGGAGUUUGGAGAUAGAGCAGCAGAGCGCAGAGCCAACAGUAAUCUCGGAAACUCGCACAUUUUCCUGGGACAAUUCGAGGAUGCUGCCGAUCACUACAAACGCACUUUGGCCUUGGCCGUAGAACUAGGUGAACGUGAAGUAGAGGCACAAAGCUGCUAUAGCUUAGGCAACACAUAUACCUUGCUGCACGAGUUUAACACUGCCAUUGAGUACCACAAUCGUCACUUGGCCAUUGCCCAGGAGCUGGGAGACCGAAUCGGAGAGGCUAGGGCCUGCUGGUCACUGGGUAAUGCCCACUCAGCCAUCGGUGGCCAUGAGCGGGCCUUAAAGUAUGCAGAGCAGCAUCUCCAAUUGGCCAAGGAGCUGCAUGACCCUGUGGGCGAAAGCACAGCCAGGGUAAAUAUCUCUGAUCUGCGAAAGCUUUUGGGAAUGCCCGAAUCAGAACCAUCGCCCACCGAAGAGGAGGCUAGAUCGACUGCUUCAGAUCACUCGGCUAGUGGACACCUAUCCGACGGAUCUGAGAACUCGCAGGGAAGAAUGGUGCGCGUUCGUCGCCAGAGCAUGGAGCAGUUGGACCUGAUCAAGAUCACUCCCGAUGGAAAGCGAAUGCAGGAGGAAAAACACCACGGACAGGGUACCAGAAAAGCCAAAGAUGACGACUUCUUCGAGAUGCUCUCGAGGUCGCAAUCGAAACGCAUGGAUGACCAACGCUGUUCGAUCAAGGUGAAUCCAACUGGAGCUCCAGCUGUGGCCACUGGCGCUACUCGCAAGCCGCUGGUGCAGCAGAAUUCUCUGUUCGUGGAUCCCACUAACCUGCCGGGUCUGAAAUCGCCGUCGUCGGCGAAUCCGUCAGCUAUUGGCCAUGGACCGCUGGCUAGGAGUGCCACCACUACUCAGCAACCCGAUGAUGAUUUCUUGGAUAUGCUAAUGCGCUGCCAGGGCUCGCGACUGGAGGAACAGCGGUCCGAGCUGCCGCGGCCCAAUGUCACCAUGGAUGCCGAAGCAGAGGGACCACCGCGAUCAGUGCCAGAGGCAGCUGUAGCAGGAACAGCACGUGGGCAGACCGGGCGCGGAGCCACUGUGCCCGACGAGGACUUCUUCUCACUAAUCAUGAAGGUGCAGAGCGGUCGCAUGGAGGAUCAGCGCGCCUCGAUUCCGUUCCGUAAUGCCAACAAUAACAACAAUAGCCGGAGCAACAACAAUGGUUCGGCCGGUGGAGCUGGAAAGUAGAAACUGAAAGUCCAAAAUGAAAAAGAGUCCAACCAAAACAAUCCUAUAAAUCCAUCCCUGGCCGCAUCUCCCAAAUCAUUUUGUUAUACGUACAUCUUGCGGCCAUUUAUUCAGUCGUUUCUUUCGGCAAUUGGCGGCUAAACCUUUUGUUCUUUUACAAGAUUUAUAUAUGUAUACACAGAAACACGAAAAGCAUUAAUUUAUGAAUAGUGACUAACCACGUAACCAAAUAUUAGGGGCGUAUAGGGCCCCGUAAACACGAGCAGAAGGAGAUACUUCCAAUUGGAUGCACUCACUCAUCCAGUCAUGACUCAUUACACACACUCGUCUUAGAGUUGGCCAUGAUAUUGAACAAUCUGCACUCAAGUUUUACGAUAUUAACGUUUGAAUUGCAUGUACGCGUAGUUUAAACCGAAGGUAUACUAAUCCAAUUUGCUCAAUAGACGGAACCAAGUCUUCUCUAUGAUCAAUGAUCUUACAUUCUCUUAAUCGCAUUCAACUCUAAAUACUAAGUUUUAAGUCUAACGAACCAUUCUACCAUAUAAGCAAUGCAUUUUCCAAAUCAAAAAAUCUACAAAAUAUUCCCAAUUGUAUCCAUGAGUAUUGCAUUUUUCUAUCUAUCGAUAACAACUCUGAACAUAUUUUAAGCCACUUACAAUUUUUUUUAGAUAUUAACAAGAUACGUAGAAAGGCUGCCCGGAUUUCCUUUUGAGGACCGGCGGUUGUAUCUUGGCACUUAGCAUACGAUAUACACAUCCAUACUACACAUAUACAAGAUACAUAUGAACAAUAUAUAGUUAUACCAAUGUCUAGCGAUUGUCCAACUUGGAAAUUGUUCUACACGAAAUACGAGUAUAUAUACACAAAACGAAAAACACAAAACUGAGUUCGAGUUGCAUGAAAUGAAGCCAAAAUUUAUUAAUGUUAUACCUUUAUGUAGCACGAAAGGAGGUGCGCUCAUGGAGCUAGUAUAUAAUGAUAUCCGAUCGAUCGGUCAUUAUGAUAUACAGCUGCGAAACAUACCAUACAGGCGGACAAUUAUGUCAUGUAUUAUUAAAUAUUAAAAUCAAAAACUGUUUGCUGACAA